AUGACUGCGUCUUCCACAUUCUUCAAUAUGGAAGAAAUUGAACGUCUUCAAGCCAGUUAUAACGCUGGUGGUUUAGAAGCAGUUAUACCAGAAAUAAAGAAUAAAUUAGAUGACCUGGAUUGUGAACAGCUUAACAUUGCAGUUAUGGGUGAAGGAGGCUCAGGGAAAUCGACCUUGAUCACGGCAAUGAUAGAUCUUGAAAUGAGUGAGGAGGGAAGAGUUGUUGACACUGAAGCCAUUAAAGAACCAAUUGGAUAUCCGCACCCUGUUCUGCCGAAUGUCCAAUUCUGGGAACUUCCAGGAAUGGACCUUUCUAAUCUGGAACUGAAUGAUUACCUAAAGACGGUAAACGUUGAACAAUAUGACAUAUUUAUCAUUGUGUCAGACUGUCGAUUCAAGGGAAACGCUGGGGAGUCUGCUAAAGCAAUCCUACAAGAGGGCAAACCGUUUUACUUGGUUCAGACGAAAGUUGACAGUCUGACUGGCAAUGCAGAGGGAAUGGAGAGUGUGGCUUUUGGCGAUGAAUUAGGAAAGCUCAGGACGGACUGUGCCAGCAACUUCAAAGAGGCGGAUGCUGCAGCACCCGAAGUCUUUCUGAUUUCCGCUUUCCACCCAGAUAAGUUUGAUUUCCCCGCACUAAAGCUGACCCUCGCAAACCACCUGCAAAACGUGAACAAGGCGGCGUUCCUGCUCUCUCUCCCUAAUGUGACGUCCCAGAUUAUGGAGCAGAAGAGAAAAAUGUUAGAGAAAAGAGUCUGGAUGACAGCGACGCUGGCUGGAGCCGUGGGAGCAGUACCUGUUCCUGGAUUGUCCUUUGCCACUGGCUUGGGGUUGUUGGUUGCAGGGUUCGUGUAUCUCUGGCACCACCGGGAUCUACGCAAUAAGUGUUUGCAGAAGUUGGCUGCCACAGCUGGUAAGCCUCUGCCAUCUCUGCAAACUGCAAUCGUGCCGCCAGGUAAAAUAUCCCGAGCACUGAUCCGAACACUGCUAUGCUUCACUGCUGUCGCCUGUACAGUAGCUGAGGUCAAACUGCGCGUCACACCCCUGAUUAUUUCCAUCUUUGGAGCGGUGUCUUCGUUCUGUUUCACUGCCGCGCUCCUAAAGGAUUCGCUAAACGAGCGAGUGAAAACCACACAAAGGCUGGUGACGACUGCAUUUGAAACCAAUUAAAGGCAAACCCAGCAUGUUCAUUCGCUCUGUUCAAGCUGUGGGUCCGCCACAGGGCAGGUGUUCUGCUCGUUUUUCCACACCCUCGCAGUCUUGCUUCAGUCACAUGUUUCUAAGCCGCCAUUUUCAGCUUCAAUGAGCAAUAUGAAAAUACCUGAGGGGCCAUGGCAUCAUGGGAAUGGUAUCCGAAAGGGAUAGUAUUCCUAUGAAACCUUUCGUAAGCCGAAAUGGCGUAAAGUGAAGAAGCUUUAUAUGGGAAAAGUUACUUUCGUAAAAGCGAAAAUCCUCUUUGAAUUUCUUUUGGUUAGCAAAACAGGUACUAAAGUAGGUCUUUCAUGAAAGCAAAGUGGCGUAAAGUGACCUUUUGAAAAGCGGGGAUACCAGUAAUGAUCAGUAAUUGCAGAGGCCCAAGCUAGUGAUCCAGCAACUUGGGUAUAGGAAGGAUAUUAUUAAGCUGGAGAGGGUUCAGAAGAGAUUUACCAGGAUGUUGCCAUUUAUGAUAGGCUGGGCCUGUUUUUCCUAGAGUGUAGGUGAUCAAGAGGUGACCUAAUAAUAGUUUAUAAAAUAAUGAGG